GCGUGCGAGGGCUGGGCGGACGGACAGACGGACGCGGGCGGCGGGCGGGCGCCGGGAGGAGGCGGUGGGCCCCGGGGCCGAGCGCGGGGCGCGCGGACGGACGGACGCGGAGCGGGACGGGCGGGCGCCAGGAGGAGGCGGCGGGCCCCGGGGCUGAGCGCGGGGCGCGCGGACGGACAGACGGACUGACGGACGAGGCCGGGCGGGCGGGCGCGGCGGGCGCAGGCUCCGAGCGACGGGUCUGGUCCGAGAGCCUCGGGCGCUCCCCCUGCCGCGACCGGAGCUCCGUGCAGUGAGACAAUAGCGGGGCCGGGCGGGAGGGGCCGCGGGAGCCCGGGACGGGGCGCGGGGCCGGGGCCGGGCCCACCCGCCGCCGUGUCCGCCCGAACGCGACCCCCUCGGGCACCGGGGGCGGGUGAAGGAGACUCUCGGAUGGGGACACGCCCGCCGUGGACGCCGCCGGGGUUGCGCGGCUGCCGGAGGCUCCGCUCCGACCUGCCCCGCUCCCGCGGGUGAAUCCGACCGGGAGACGACAGACACCUUGACUGGGAGCGCCAAGGACGUUGCUGUAUAAUCGGUGGAUGAAAGGAUUUCCCCGCGCUGCCCCUUCCUUCUCCUGGAGGACCGGACCGCAGCAGCCCCAGCCCCCUGGGAGCGCCGGGAGAGGAUGCGGCCGGGGCCCGGGACGCCGGCUCGGUGCGCGCGGGCGCGCCUGGCGCCCAGGGGACCCUGAACCCUGCCCUCCCCGCGUCCGCCCCUCUCUCCGGACUAAUCCCUGUGCAGAACGGGCCCGGGGCCCGAGGAUCGCCGGCAAUGAGAGGCUGACCGAGGAAGCCCCCGCGCUCCCCCGCUGGGCUGUCGACAUGAAGGGCUGCUUCCGCGUGCUCAGCUGCCUGGCCGUGCUGGGUGUCAUGUCGGCUCAGCGGCAGGUGGCCGUGCAGGAGGGACCUUUGUUUCGCACCGAGGGCUCCCACGUCACCAUCUGGUGCAAUGUGAGCGGCUUCCAGGGCCCUGCCGAGCAGAAUUUCCACUGGUCCAUCUACCUGCCCUCGGCCCCCGAGCGCGAGGUGCAGAUCGUCAGCACCGAGGACCCCUCCUUCCCCUACGCCAUCUACACGCAGCGGGUCCGUGGGGGCAAGAUCUACGUGGAGCGCACCCAGGGCAACGUGGCACUGCUACACAUCACUGACCUCCAGGCCCGGGACGCUGGCGAGUACGAGUGUCACACGCCCAGCACCGAUGUCCAGUACUUUGGGAGUUACAGUGCCAAAACAAACCUCAUAGUGAUCCCCGACACUCUGCAGGCCACCGCUGUGCCCCAGACACUGCACAAGGUAGAGCAGGACCCUUUAGAGCUGACCUGUGAAGUGGCCACAGAGACUGUCCAGCACAGCCACCUAUCUGUGGCCUGGCUCCGGCAGAAAGGCAGCGACAAGCCCGUGGAGGUCAUCGCCCUGGCCCGAGACUUCGUCCUGCAGUCCAGCAGCGAGUAUGCGCAGAGGCAGAGCCUGGGCGAGGUGCGGCUGGAUAAGCUGGGGAGCACCACCUUUCGCCUCACCAUCUUCCACCUCCAGCCCUCCGACCAGGGCGAGUUCUACUGCAGGGCUGCCGAGUGGAUCCAGGAUCCUGAUGGCUCGUGGUACGCCAUGACCCAGAAGCGUUCCGAGGGCACCAUGGUCAACGUCCAGCCCACUGACAAGGAGUUUCUGGUGCGGCUGGAGACCGAGAAGCGGCUAUACACUGCCGGCGAGGCGGCUGAGUUCAGGUGCAUCCUGGAAGCGCAGAAUGUCCCUGAUCGCUACUUUGCUGUCUCCUGGGCCUUCAACAGCUCCCUGAUUGCCAGCAUGGGGCCCAAUGCUGUGCCAGUGCUCAACAAUGAGUUCGCCCACCGGGAGGCACGGGGGCAGCUGAAAGUGGCCAAGGAGAGCGACGGUGUCUUUGUGCUGAAGAUCUAUCACCUCCGUCAGGAGGACAGUGGGAAGUACAACUGCCGUGUGACCGAGCGGGAGAAAACAGUCACGGGCGAUUUCAUCGACAAGGAGAGCAAGAGGCCCAAGAAUAUCCCUAUCGUUGUGCUGCCGAUCAAGAGUAGCAUCUCCGUGGAGGUCACCAGCAACGCCAGCGUUAUCCUGGAGGGCGAGAACCUGCACUUCUCCUGCAGCGUCCGCACGGCGGGUCGGCCACAGGGCCACUUCUCGGUCAUCUGGCAGCUCGUGGACAGGCAGAACCGCCGCAGCAACAUCCUCUGGCUGGACCGUGAGGGCUCCGUGCAGUAUGGCGCCGCCUACUGGGAGCGCAGCCGCUUUGGAGGCAUACAGCUGGAGCAGGUGCAGCCCGGCGCCUUCAGCCUGGGCCUCUUCAACAGCAGGAAGGAGGACGAGGGCCAGUACGAGUGCCACGUGACGGAGUGGGUGAGGGCCGUGGACGGCGAGUGGCAGGUGGUGGGGGAGCGCCGCGCCAGCACCCCCAUCUCCAUCACAGCUCUUGAGAUGGGCUUUGCAGUCACAGCCAUCUCCCGGACGCCGGGGGUGACCUACAGUGAUUCCUUCGACUUGCAGUGCAUCCUCAAACCCCACUAUCCCAUCCGGGUGCCCGUGUCUGUGACGUGGCGCUUCCAGCCAGUGGGCACCAUUGAAUUCCAUGACCUAGUGACCUUCACGCGGGAUGGAGGCGUGCAGUGGGGGGAUCGAUCUUCCAGCUUCCGGACACGGACGGCCAUUGAGAAGGCCGAGUCCAGCAACAACGUACGCCUGAGCAUCAGCCGGGCCAGUGACACCGAAGCGGGCAAGUACCAGUGCGUGGCAGAGCUGUGGCGCAAGAAUUACAACCACUCCUGGACGCGGCUGGCCGAGCGCGCCUCCAACCUGCUCGAGAUCAGGGUGCUGCAGCCAGUGACCAAGCUGCAGGUGAGCAAAUCCAAGCGGACCCUCACGCUGGUGGAGAACAGGCCCAUCCAGCUGAACUGCUCCGUCAAGUCCCAGACCAGCCCCAACUCCCACUUUGCGGUGCUGUGGUACGUGCACAAGCCCUCGGAUGCUGAUGGCAAGCUCAUCCUCAAGACCACACACAACUCCGCCUUUGAGUACGGCACCUACGCCGAGGAGGAGGGCCUGCGCCCCCGCCUGCAGUUCGAGAGACAUGCCUUCGGGGGCCUGUUCAGCCUCACCGUCCAGCGGGCCGAGGUCGGCGACAGCGGCAGCUACUACUGCCACGUGGAGGAGUGGCUGCUGAGCCCUAACUACGCCUGGUACAAGCUGGCUGAGGAGGUGUCGGGGCGCACGGAGGUCACCGUGAAGCAGCCAGACAGCCGCCUGAAGCUCAGCCAAGCCCAGGGGAACCUGUCAGUCCUGGAGACGCAGCAGGUGCAGCUGGAAUGCCUGGUCCUGAACCGCACAAGUGCAGCCUCACAGCUCCUGGUGGAGUGGUUUGUGUGGAAACCCAACCACCCCGAGCGGGAGGCUGUGGCCCGCCUGGGCCGGGACGGCACCUUCCACUACGGGGAGCAGGCGGCCAGGAACCGCCUGCAGGGCCGGCUGCACCAGGAGAGCCCAGCCCCUGGUGCCUUCCGCCUCCUGGUCCAGAACACGGCCGUGCAGGACUCCGGCACCUACAGCUGUCGCGUGGAGGAGUGGCUGCCCAGCCCCAGUGGCCGCUGGUACAAGCGGGCGGAGGACACGGCGGGGCAGACCACCGUCACCGUCACUCGGCCAGAUGCUGCCUUGCAGGUGGACUUGCUCGUCGCCAACGCCACAGUGUCGGAGCACACGGAGUUCCAGCUGGACUGCCACAUCGUGUCACGCUCAGGCCAGGACUCCCGCUUUGCUGUGGCCUGGUACUCCCUGCGGACUAAAGCUGGGCGCAAGAGGGGCAGCCGUGGCCCGGAGGAGGUGAGUGAGGAAGAGGAGGAGGAGGAGAAGGACGACGAGGACGACGAGGAGGACCCCACAGAGCGUGCCGCCCUGCUGAGCGUGGGCCCGGACUCCGUCUUCGGGCCCGAGGGCAGCCCCUGGGAGGGGCGGCUGCGCUUCCAGAGGGUCUCACCGCUGCUCUUCCGCCUCACCGUGCUGCACACCAGCCCCCAGGACACGGGCAACUACUCCUGCAGGGUGGGGGAGUGGCUGCCCAGCCCCCAGAAGGACUGGUACCAGCUGGCCCAGGAGGAGUCGGCACCCAUUAGCAUCCGAGUACUGGACACAAGUUCCAGCCUGCAGUCCAUCAUCUGCUCCAACGACGCCCUCUUCUACUUUGUCUUCUUUUACCCCUUCCCCAUCUUCGGCAUUCUCAUCAUCACCAUCCUGCUGGUGCGCUUCAAAAGCCGCAGCUCCAGCAAGAACUCGGAAGGGAAGAACGGGGUGCCCCUGCUGUGGAUCAAAGAGCCGCAUCUCAACUACUCCCCCACCUGCCUGGAGCCCCCCGUGCUCAGCAUCCACCCAGGAGCCAUCGACUAAGGGCCUCGGGGCAUCGCCACUGAGGAGCUGAGGCUCUCCCUUGCCUGUCCGGCUUGGCGUGGGCGUGCAGAGGGCCCCCACAAGAGAACCCUCAGACUGGACCAGGACCGUUCUGAGACAGGCUCUACAGGGGCAGACUCGGGAGUCUGGAGCUGCUGCUGUGGAGCUGGGUCUCGGGGUGGGGAGGCUCGGGGUUGAGGCCCAGUUCCGUUUCGGGUAUUGUAGUGGAUCCUUCCCAUGCCACAGCUGCUCACUGGUUUCUGUAGCAUUGUCUGAUAGAUGUCACAGGGCUUCCAAGUCUUUGUCAUGGACUCUUUUAAAAUCUUUUUUGCUUUGCCCUUUUUGGAUUCCCUGAACUUUUCAUGGACCAAUUUCCAUGCGACAGAUGACAAAAACAAAAAAAAAAAAGGAAAAAGGAACCUUAUAACCUUAUUCCACCAAGAAAUCUUUUGCAAGACAUUUGGUCCUGAGCACUUGAAAAUGUUGUCUGUGGAGCAAAAUAUAGCCAAGGAUUUUUUGUUUUGUUUGUUUUUUUAACUUUCUUAUGGAGACUUGAAAAUGAUGUGACACAUAGGCCCAAUUUGUAUCUUAUCUUUCCUCUUAGCUGAAGUUGCUGGAACCACUUUGGCAUUGAGAUGCGAGCUUUGCAUUGUGCUUCAAAGAGCAGCAUAGCUCCAAGGAUCUCGACCCCCAGUGGGAGGAGAUUGUGCCUGGCCAACCUGUCAGGGAGGCAAAGUUAAGGCAACCUUGCCCAAGACAAGGAGACUCGCCUGGAAAAAAAUCAAAAGCUCCACAGGGUUCACUUGGGGGUGGGGGGGGACGCUGAGUGAACAUGGGCUUAGCCACUCUCAGCCUUGCGGAUUUCCAGACUGAUCAAAGGAGAGAGCAGUGCAGGUGUGGUGGGGAGGGAGGCUUGCUCUUGGCAUGGGUCCUGUGGGAGAGAGCUGUGAGCAGUGGGUUUCUGUUUCAAGGUGCUUUUCCAAACUCGUAAGGGAAAAUGGCCAGGGAGCAUGGUCCAGGGGCAGUCCCGAGUCAGCACGGCCCUGCACCAACGUAGGGCAGAGUCCCGCAAAGAGGGUUGAAGGCUGGGACCAGCAGGCUGGAAGGGGGCUUUGAGCCUGACUCAGGGCACCCAGGACCACUACCUCCCCAGAAGGGUUCUCUUCCUCCUGUGUACAUUCCUCCUGGACAUCACGCUUCCCUCUGCACCGUGUGUUCCUGGCCGCAGAUCGCUUCCUGGGCCCUCCAGGCCCCAGCCUCAGUCUCACUCCUUUGUCUUUGUUUUUUUGUUGGUUUCCCAGCCUUCUCUUUCUUGGACCUUCUUUGUGGGUUCAGGUGAUUGGGUGUUUUUCACUGUAGGGCCUCAGUUUCAGCAGACAGGGCGCCAUUUGCCUUGCCCUGGGACUCGAGUCUAAGGGAGUUUCCAGUUUGGAAAAAAGACGACAGCAGCAACCACAAACCACAAACUUCUGGAGCUGAGACACCCCAGAGAGCCUUGUCCUGGAGCUUUGUUCUAAGAUGCGGCAGCCUCAGUCUUGCAGAAGGGUGUGGAGCUCCCAGCCAUUUGCACGGUGAUGCAGGUCCAGGUGGAGGCAGCCCUUGCCAUCUUGUUCUCCUGGAGGCACCCCACCUCAGCCCACUGCCCCUUCCCCUUUAUUACACUGCAACAUGCUUUGGAAGUUCAGACUUGGUUCUAGGGCAGAGAAGGCCAGAGGUUGCCCGUGUCUUCAUGUCGGGGUGAAAGGGAUGCUGACACCUCCCUUCCAGACCAAAGCCCGGGAGGAAACAAGAGGACUGUGGUGCCUAUCUGGGCAGGACAGAGCCUGAUUGCUGCCCUGGCUGGGACCUGCACCUCUGAGUCGAGUCUGGAGCGACUCACAGUUAUGGAGAUGUGGUGUUGUGAAGAAUUGAAGCAGUGACUGGAAGGAAAGAAAGAAACCGGAGCCAGUAUUUUAGCAAACUCAUUUGUUUAUCCAGUGUGUUUUCUAGUGGGCAGAUGAGAGCAGCCGCGGGGGAGCAUUUCCAGCUUUCUAUGAAAAUCCUGACUUUUGUUCUUGGGCCGUUUCUAUGGAAACGUGGUGUCGGGCGGAAGGGAAGGGUGCCCUCUAGUGGCCACCAGGCCUCACUGCACCUCACCUGCCGUGCUUUCCUCCGGAGCAGGAGGGACUCGCUGCUUCUUCAGACCAUCUGAGAUGCUGCAUUUGUAGAAAGUGCACUGGGGCCACUCCAGGACAGUGGCUAUGUCCACGCCCUCUCCAGGCUGCCUCUCUCGCGAGUUUUCAGCUUCUUUUUAAGCAAUGGUUUCUCUGCGGGGAUGGUUGGCGAAAAAGGCAAAGUCAGGUGGGGGAGCAGAAAUGGCCCCGUGCAUGCCGUAGAGAGCCGUUGAUUGAGUUGGUUUUGUUUGCUUUUAUUUUUUAAGGAAAACUAUUUGUAAUAUGUUGCACUAAAAUGUUUUCUAUACAUCAGAGACCUGUAGUAAAUGAUGUUGGAAAUAUG